AUGGAGAAGGAACCACAUCCGGAUCUCUCUCAUGGGACUUUGAAUUAUCAAAAUAAUAAUUUUAGUCAUUCGAAUUCUUUAACAACACUGAAUUCUAACUAUCCCAACUCCAGUGACCGUACACAUCUUCAGCAACAGUAUAGCGGAAAUACCUCUCAACCCUCUCAGCACGUUUUAUCUGUUCAGACUUCUGAUUCGGCGCGUUGCGCUACUGACAGUUCGGGUACUGUUAUAGUCCCUGGCUGUUCGUCAUUAAGCUCUCGACUUGCUCCUGGGCAAGGCCCUGUUUACAUGAAGGCUCAGCCUUCACAAGGUCUGAAUACCUAUUCGGAAGCAAGUAAAUCCUCUGCUCAAACUUUCUACGGGGUAGGUCCUUCUGUUACCCCAUCUGGUCAAGGAACUGUGUCUACUGCAUAUGUUCCGCACGCUAACCUGCAAAGUGCUCCCGGCCCACCGUCACGUUUCAGCGGUUCCAAUUACUCGAAUCCGAUGACGACUUCAACAAUUCAGAACUCUCAAGCUCCUGGGUCUUCCUCCUCAGCAACUGACCUCGAAAAACGGCAACUCAUUCAACAACAACUCCUCUUGUUGCUUCACGCCCAGUGCUGCCGACAGGAACAGACGCAUUCUACGCCUUGCGCUACUCCUCACUGUCGCACCAUGCGGAAUGUCCUCCAGCACAUGAAAAAUUGCACUGAAGGGAAGAACUGUCGGAAGCCGCAUUGCGCUUCAUCGCGACAGAUCAUUUCUCAUUGGAAAAAUUGUAGCAGUCGGGAGUGUCCGGUAUGCGGACCUUUGAAGCGAGGUCAUCAACAGAGAGCAGCUCCACAGCGGCCUCCUGGUCAGAUUAUUCCUACCGCUUCGCAGCCCAGUGAUGUGAAUGGAGUCUCUUCCGGCCAGUCAGCUCAAGCACUUCGUUCUCCAGUGCCUCAAAAUGUUAGAAGGUCUCUUCCGGCAGCCACAGCCACUUCUACACCUCAGGUCAGGAUUACUGGAGCCUACACCCAAUCGGUGCCCGCUUCUAGCGUUGGGACAACUCCUUCUCAAAGCGGGAAUGAGAGUGUUGAGCAGACGGAUUGGCGAGCUGGUGUAAACAUGGAACAUCGGGAUCAUGUUGUUCGUAGAAUAGUCAAGUAUAUCUUGCCACAGCCUGAUCCUGCGGCUUACAGUGAUCCGCGUAUGGCCAACUUGAUUGAGUACGCAAAGAAGGUGGAAAACGCCAUGUACACUACGGCUAAAGAUAAAACGGAGUACUUUCAAUUACUCUCGGAGAGGUGUUAUAAAAUAUACAAGGAGUUGGAGGAGGCUCGGCGUAGGAGAAAAAGUGCUGCUUCUGCCUCUGGGAAUGGGUCCGCAUCUUCCAUUCCAAAUGAUUCGGCUGUUGGUGCCAACAACUCAUCAGAUACAUCCGCAAACUCUGUGGAACCUGACAGAAUGACUCCGAAUAGAGGUUCUGUAUCUACUGAAUAUCGUCCCAACAUUUCCAACUCCAAUACUGAAUUCAACCAAGAAUCAGAUUCGAGGGAUAGCGUUGUCGGUUUCAAAAAGGAAGAAGAGGUGAAGCCGUUUGUUUCUGAUACAAAUCAGUCUAAUUCUUCGAUCAACGAGAUAAAAAAGAUUCAAAUCAAACCCGACGACUCUCUUUCGUCCGUUGCAUCUAUUCCCACAAGUGGCGCGUUGGGUUCUGCUGCUGUUACUGACAGCACCAAAGUUGAUGAGUCCAAAUGGAAAAAGUGGUCUCGAGAAGAACUUUUACGUCACUUUUUGCGUCUCCAUGAGGAAGUUUACGCUGACAAAAACGCUGAGUGGUUUCGUGAUCCAGUAGAUCCAGUCGCUUUAAACAUACCAGAUUACCCAGAGGUUAUCAAACACCCCAUGGACCUAACCACGAUCCGGAAUAAUCUGGAAGACGGUGUAUACAAGGAUCCAUGGGAAGUACUGAAUCACUUUCGUUUAAUGUUCAACAAUGCCUGGCUAUAUAACAAGAAAAAUUCUAAAGUUUAUAAAAUGUGCACUAAGUUGUCGGAGUUAUUCGAAAGUCAAGUCGAUCAAGUGAUGCAGGCGAUGGGGUUUUGCUGUGGGCAUGAAUAUUCCUAUCAGCAAAUCCUAUAUUGCAGCUCUGCAAAUGUGUGCACUAUUGGUAAAGAUGCGCAUUACUAUAUGUACACUAAUACCGACAAAAGAGUUCUUAUCUGUGAUACUUACUACCAAUGCGAGAAAUGUUUUAACGAAGCGGGAGAUGAGAUAAUGCUUGCGGACGAGGCUAAUCAGACCCCGAUUCCUAUUAGAAAGGAGCUUUUUGAGCGAAAAAAGAAUAACGUGACUAUAGAGGAGACAGAUGUUCAUUGUAAGGAAUGUGGUCGUCGUUGGCACAAGGUUUGCGCGCUUCACAUGGACGAGAUUUGGACGACAGGAUUCGUUUGUCCUGGAUGUCUGCGAGAGCGUGGCCUAAGGCGGAAGGAAAAUCGUUUUACUGCUAAAAAUUUGCCUACUAAUAAGCUAAGUAAUUUCCUUGAACGCAGGGUCAAUGAUUUCUUAAAGAAAAAGGAGGUGGGCACAGGGGAAGUGACGAUUCGCGUACUCGCCAGCUCUGACAAAUUGGUUGAGGUGAAACCGCUGAUGCGAGGUCGUUUUACAGAAAGUGGAGAGUUGUCUGAAAGCUUUCCUUACCGCCUGAAAGCCAUCUUUGCAUUUCAAGAAAUUGACGGUCAGGACGUCUGCUUUUUUGGCUUGUACAUCCAAGAGUACGGUUCUGAGUCUCCUCAGCCGAACCGAAGGCGUGUCUAUGUAGCCUACUUGGACUCUGUAUUUUAUUUCCGCCCGAAGCAGUACCGAACGGAUGUCUAUCAUGAGAUUCUGGUUGGGUAUUUGCACUACGCCAAGCAACUGGGCUAUACAAUGGCUCACAUUUGGGCUUGUCCUCCGGCCGAAGGAGAUGACUACAUCUUCCACAUGCAUCCCCUUGAGCAAAGAAUUCCUAAAGCUAAGCGCCUUCAGGACUGGUACAAAAGAAUGUUGCAGAAGGCGAUGAUUGAGGGUAUUGUUGCAGAUUUCAAAGACAUACUCAAGGAUGCCAUUGAUCAUCAUCUAGUGUCUCCUACAGAAAUUCCCUACUUUGAGGGUGAUUUUUGGCCAAAUACUCUAGAGGAAAUUUUGCAGGACUUGGACAAGGAGGAGGAGCGUCGGCGCCGCGAAGAGGCCUUGGCUGAGACCGAAGACGACGAUCUUGACGGGUCUCGUGAUCGAGACGGUGGUCAUGGUGACUUGGACAAACGAUCCGGCAAAAAGAAAGCGAAAAAGCGCAAAUGUAGCAAAAAGGCUGGUGGCUCUACUGCUAACAAGCGUAAGAAGCUUGACGGGCCAGUGGAUUGUAAUACAGAGCUUACACGUAAGGUGUACGACACGAUGGAGAAGCUGAAGGAGAUAUUCUUCGUUAUUCGACUGCAUAAACACGGGGCCACUGCAUCUCUCCCACCUAUCGUAGAUCCAGACGCUCUCAUCUCCAGUGAAUUGAUGGACAGUCGCGACUCCUUCCUCCAAAUGGCUAGGGAAAAGCAUCUCGAGUUCUCUUCACUUAGGCGAGCCAAGUACUCAACUUUGGUGAUGCUUUACGAGUUGCAUAACGAGGGCAGACAGAGCUUUCUCUACACUUGCAAUGUGUGCAAAGACCAAAUUGAAACUCGGUGGCACUGCAACGAGUGCGAUGAGUACGAUCUUUGCAAUCAAUGUUACAAGCGGGAAAAUCAUCCUCAUCCUAUGGAACAGUAUGGUCUAGGUAUUGAGGAGGAAGGCUCCAACGCCAAUGGUGAGUCCAGUGGGGAUCGUCCAGCAGGAAGCACGGACAGAAAGCCUAAUCUUGUCUCGUGUAUCGCCGCUUUGGUUCACGCCAAUCAAUGUCGUGAUGCAAACUGUCGUAUGGCUACUUGUAUUCAGAUGAAGAGAGUUUUGGCACAUCUGCGCGCCUGUCCGAAACGCUCCAGCGGAACAUGCCCACUGUGCCGUCAACUUAUUAGCAUGUGUUGUUUGCACGCCAAAGCCUGUACGGAAGAACAAUGCCAAGUGCCACUGUGUCCCCAACUCAAAGAUAGACUUCGUCAACAACAGAUUCAGAAACGGCGUCAGCAGAACAAGUCCUUGCAAAGGAGAACAAACCUCACUCGCGGAUCCACUGGUGCGGAUUCCUCUGCUACUACUUCGGGCUAUCAUUCUCAGUAUGGAGCGCAAGGGAACUCUUCUGUCCAGUCGUCGAGUGAUCUUUCCACUUCCGUGGGUGAUUCGCGGCAGAUUUCGCGGAACUCGUCAUUCAGCAGUUCUACCGAUGGCAAUAGGGUUGGAAAUUUGCAGACCCUUUCCGUUAAUGGUGGAAUGACGGUGGCGGCAUCUCCAAGGGUCCUGCCUGCGCCUUCGUUCUCACUUCAGGGUCAACAGCCAUCGAGGUUGCCUGCUGCUUCUUCACAACUGGUUUGGAGGGAUGGGCAGCCACCUCCUUCGCAGCAGGUGGGACAAAUGCAGCUGCUACAGCAGCAGCCUCCGUCACAGCAACAGCAAUCCAUGACACCUACGUCGUCCUUCCGAUCUGGAGGUGGUGGUGGUGGCAGUGCUCUUGUGACUCCAGAGGUUAAUAGCCUGCCACCUACCCAACAACAAAUCGACCACGUUGUAAAAGUGGUCGACCUCAUCAGAAGGACACCGGCUUCUCAGGAGGAGCAAAACAAACAGUUUAUCAACUGGAUUAAUCGUCACCCCGAGUUUCGGCCAGCUUUCCUUGCCCUGCGCGGACGAAAUAGACAAGCUGCCAAUCAAAACCAGCGCGUAGCGCAACAACCAACUGUUGGCCACCAAGCUCCCGGUGUCCAACCCCAAUCCGCGGUGGGUGUUACGCCCAUUCAACCGUCUUCGUCAUCAACCACCGUCAUUUCCUACAACCAGGCCGCAGAGUCUAUUCCCUCGACAUCGACAGUCUCUCAACCGAGACAAGUUGCCAUCAGCGCAGCGGUUGGUCAGCGUCAGUUUUCACAGCAACAACAACCGGCACAAUUCGCUUCUCAGAUAGCCGAUCAACAACAGCAGCAACAGUAUGUGAUUGCACAGCCGAUGCGUGUUCGUACCCUACCUGGAGGACCGGCUGUUAUUCAGCAACAAGUCCAACCUCAGACCCAGCACCCAGGUGACCAACAGUGGUUCGUUACUCGUGUUCGUACGGGCCCUGGACAGCAGCAACAGCAGCUCUAUUCCAAUAGUAGUCCUGGGGGUGUGCAAUCCUCGGCAGCAGUGUAUACGGCAACAGGAGGGGGAGGUGGAGGUGGUGGAGCCACAUUAUUGACGACAAUUGGAGCCGGUAGUGGGGGCCCCCAACAAACUCAGCAUCAUCCGCAGCAGAUUAUUUCACAGUCAAGGCUCAUUCCAGCCGUGACUGCAGGCAGUGGCGGUCAAAGAGUCGGCGGCCAAUCCACCACAGUGGUUCAUUUCAGGGCGGCUCCUCAACAACAAGCGCAGCAACAGCAACAGCAGAUGGCUCAACCGCAACAGCAACAACACAUUCUUGUAGCCAACCCUGUUACCUCGAAUCCACAGCAGCAGCAACAGCCACCUUCGCAGCAGCGUCCAAUUGUGGCUCUAAUGCAGCAGCCGUCCCCACAGAAUCCACAACUGUUGAAGCCUCAACAGCAACAGCAGCAGCAACCGCCACCCCAGAAUCCUCCAUCCUCCUCAAACAAUCCCUCGGGCUCGUGA